UAUUCAUUUUGAUUUUUUUUUUAAAUAGCAAUUUAACUAAUUUACUUCUAAUAAUAUACAAUCCAAUCGAAGAAAUUAAUUAACGAAGACAAGGGAUUGUAAAUAUGGAACAGGAAGCGACAGAUCCGCCAGCGUAUGUACCACCACAUACAGUGCCAGUCGCUACUGCACCAGUCGUUGCCGCACCAGUUGCAUACCCACCUACAGUUGCACCAGUCGCUUAUGCACCAGCUCCUGUUCCAUAUGUUCAGCAGCAACCACCACCGCCGCCGGCUGCUGGACCUACAAUCGUGGUCAACCAAUCUGCUUCGUCAUCAAAUCAACAACAGCAGCAGCAACAGCAACAACAAGAACAAAUAUUAAGUGGGAGGCAGUUACUUCGUAAGGGGUUAUGCCCCACUUGCAAAAUCGGGCAACUAAAAAACCAUUUUACCCUAAAGGGUAUAUGCUGGGCCGUUAUCCUUUUUCCUAUCGGCCUUAUCUGCUGUUACUUGUGGAGAAAGAAGAAAUGCAACAGUUGUGGAGAAGUUUAUGGGUAAAUUUAUAACAAAACCGAGUAAAAGUGCGAACGACAAAUGAACAGUAUUAUGACCACGUCGAUUCGAAUACAUUUGAUUUUAUACAAAAUAGUAUAUAAUAUAAAAAACGACAGUGUUACCAUUUUUUUCAUUUUUAUGUUUUUUUGUACUGUUUAUUUAUUAUUCAUAAAUAAAACAAGCACGCAAAUUGUACAAGUGAACUAAAUAGUCUAUUAGCGAAUAUCGAGCGAGAGACAAGUUAUAGUGUUACCAACUUCACUAUUCAAAUAUCCUUCAAGAUAUCGACAAGAUCCUCCUU